CUUUAGCAACGUCUUCAGCAGCAUGAUUGUCAGUAAGUGACAAGAAGAAGAGGAAGCCAUGGGACAGAGAUCCUGGGUCCGAGCAAUGAAGUGUCAGUUGCUGGCAGCUAGCCUCUUCAUCAUGUUGCUUGGAUUAUCAGUAAGCAUAUUGAGCAUUGUCACCUACCGUGGAAAGCACUUUACUGUCAUAAAAGAUGCCUCCUUGGAGAAAAGCUCCUACUACAGAACUUUUCAUAGUGUAGUUUUCUACACGGGGAUAUGCGUUAGCAUCAUUCUGACGGUUGCUUCCCUACUGAGUAUUGUUGCCACAGUGAGAGAACUGGAGAGUGGCAUGGCAGCGGGAUUCUUCUGUUUUGCAGUAGUGUUUUGUGCAUCAAUACAAGCAACCUAUUGGACAAUUACCAACAGUGCUGUGGUUGAAGAUGCCAUGAUGGACGUAUAUGAUUUCGUUUAUGAAGAUGUAAGAAGAAACACUUCCAGCACCAGAAGAGAGGAGCUACGUAUUAUCCACAAAACGUUUCUCUGCUGUGGGAAAAGGUCACCCUUUGGAGAAAAAAGUAAUAUUGAAAAUGAGGUGUGCCAGUCAGAAAUGAUGGAAUCAGCAAAUGAGGAUUGCCUGCAGGAGAUCCAGCGCUUCCUGAAAAAACACAUGGAAUUUGUCUCCAUACUGAUGACUAUAACGGUUUUCUUAAUGGUGUAUGGGAUGAUCUUAACUUCAUUCCUCUGGUACUUUAUCCACUUUAAGAACAGUUUGGAUCGAAAGGGCAAAUACAUCCUGGCAAAGCAAUAGAAGACUGGUUUUGCCUUCUCCGGCAGAGGAAUGGCAAUCGUUGUUGGACAUCAAAAUAAAUUGGAUUGUUUUUUCUGGAGCUGUGAGUGGACAAUGGAAAUCGAUGAAUUUUUUUUCCUUCAGUUUCCUUAUUUUCUUUUCAAAAUUCCAAUUCCAAAUAUGGUUGAACUAACAUGACACAGCCUUGAAGCAACUAUAGACAAAGAGCUGACUGACGAAACUGCUCAUUCACCGGGAUUUCAUAAACAUGUAACACUGAGUGGAAACAUGGAGGUAGGAUAUAAACCAGAAACCAAGAAGAUGCCCAACCACAAAUGUGUUUGCCAGCUGAAGCCAUAAUUUAGAGCCCUCAAAAUAGCAAGUCAAAACAAACCACAUGCCCCAAGGAAAAGAAAACUCAAGGAAAUGGAAAUUAUUCAGCUCAGGAAUCAGAAUCUUUUUCUAUCUACAGAUUCUCUGUUUGUGUGUGCGUGCACAUGCAAGUGGGUAGAUGGGAAAGAGGGUGGGCUAGAGAAAGAAGAAAGAAAGAAAGAAAGAAAGAAAGA